AUGUUACAACAGGCGCCUGCCACGGUAACCGGCAGGAGUGUGAAUACUAUUGUGGUGGUGGUGGUGGUGGAGGGGAGACUUCAGUUCAUAGCAGGCGCCUGCCACGGUAACCGGCAGGAGUGUGAAUACUAUUACCAGGUUUAUUUUACUUCAAUAUUACGUGUGCAAGACAAUAUAGCGGUGCAGCUUGUGUUCCUACGGCUUAUUACCGCAGUGUGGGCCGCGUUUGGAGUGUGGCAGAGGGAGGAAUUUGAGGCUGAGUUUGUCUCCUUUGAUGAAUUGCUGCGGCAGUCAGACUUCCUGCUGGUGACGUGUGCCCUCAACAAGAAGACACAGGGAAUAUUUGAUGAAGCAGCUUUUGCCAAAAUGAAGAACACUGCUGUUAUUUUCAACACUUCCCAAGGAGAUAAGAGGUGUGAUCAACAAGAGGCACUGGUCAAGGCACUGAAGACCAACCAGAUCCGGGCAGCAGGUCUGGACGUCAUGACCCCAGAGCUUCUGACACCUGACCACAAGCUCACCACCCUUCCCAACUGCACACUGAUACCACACAUUGGGAGUGCAGAGACAUCAACAAGGGAGGACAUGGCAACCCUCACUGCAGCUAAUAUUAUUGCUGGCCUUGAGAGGAAACCCUUGCCUGGCCGUCUCUGCUGACCAUGCACCACUCUAGGUCUU